AUGCUCCGAGUUUUGCGACAAACAACCCGCCUGGGUCUCUACCAAGCGCGAUGGAACUCGACAGCCAGCCCAUCGCUGCCGCCAUUGAUGACUACAUUGAGAACUGAUUUGAAGACUGCGAUGCGGUCAAAGGAUACGGAUAGACUGAGCGUCCUCCGAGCACUGAUCUCCGAGACCAACAACUCGCAAAAAACCUCGUCUCCCAUUCAGACAGACCUGCAAUUACUGGCAUUGAUCCGGAAGCGCGUCUCUGCCUCCAAAGACUCGGCUCAGCAAUUCCUCAGCGCCGAGCGACCGGAUCUCAAGGAGAAAGAGGAUAAGGCUCAGGCGAUCCUUGAGGAGUAUGGAAGUCAAGUGCAAACAAUGAGUGUCGACGAGAUCAAGCAGAUUGUCGCGGGCGAGGUAACAAAGCUGAAGGAGAGUGGCAAGAAGCUGGAGAUUGGUACGGUCCUCAAAACCCUCUUUACGCCCGGGGGUGCCCUGGAUGGCAAGCCUGCUGAGAGAGCCGAGGUUGCGAAAAUCGCAAAGGAGGCUGUUUCUGCGGCUUGA